ACCACACCUCCCAGCAGCCACCGCUUCGCCCCGCCCCUCCCGCCGAGCGGCGGAGCCUGGCGAGAGGGUGGCUGUUUCCUGCGCGCGGGGGUCACGUGACGCGAGGGGGGACGCCGGCGGCGGCGGCGGCGGGCUGAGGGAGGCAGCCUGCGAGGGGCGGAGGAGGAGGUGGCGGCGACGCGGGAGUGAGGUUCCCGCCCCCAGUAUGGCCACCUCAUCAACACCUAGAUGUAACUCCAACUCUUUGGAGAGUGCCUCAAUUAAAAAACCUAUGAAAGAUGGACCUAACUGGGAUCACAACGAAGAAAUACCUCGUUUACCAGGGGAGACGAGAGUCACGGACAAAGAUGUCAUUUACAUGUGUCCAUUUAAUGGCCCUGUUAAAGGAAGAGUGUACAUAACAAAUUACCGACUGUACUUGAGAAGUGUGGAAUUGGAUCCCGUGGUGAUCCUGGAUGUUCCUUUGGGUGUAAUUUCAAGGAUUGAGAAAAUGGGAGGUGCCUCAAGCAGAGGAGAGAAUUCCUAUGGAUUAGACAUUACUUGUAAGGAUAUGCGAAAUCUGCGCUUUGCACUGAAACAAGAAGGUCACAGCAGAAGAGACAUAUUUGAGAUCCUGACCAAAUAUGCUUUUCCACUGUCACAUAGUAUGUCACUUUUUGCAUUUGCAAAUGAAGAGAAGCUUCCUGAAAACGGUUGGCUGGUUUACGAUGCCAUGGCGGAAUACAGGAGACAAGGCCUGCCUAGUAAACAGUGGAGGAUAACCUUUCUCAAUGAGCAUUAUGCACUGUGUGACACUUAUCCAUCGCUCCUGGUAGUGCCGUACAAUGCCUCAGAAGAGGAUCUCAAGAAAGUUUCUGCUUUCAGGUCGCGAGGUAGAAUACCAGUAUUGUCAUGGAUCCAUCCAGAGAACCAAGCUGUCAUUACACGCUCUAGUCAGCCACUGGUUGGUAUGAGUGGCAAAAGAAAUAAAGAUGACGAAAAGUAUCUCGAGACUAUAAGGGAAACGAACAGUCAGACCUCGAAACUGACGAUCUACGAUGCAAGGCCCAGUGUCAAUGCCGUGGCCAACAAGGCAACUGGAGGAGGAUAUGAAAGUGAUGAUGCCUAUCCCAAUGCAGAGCUGUUCUUCCUAGAUAUUCACAAUAUCCAUGUCAUGCGGGAAUCCUUGAAAAAGCUGAAGGACAUUGUUUAUCCUCAUGUAGAAGAAUCUCAUUGGUUAUCUAGUUUGGAAUCCACUCAUUGGCUUGAACACAUCAAGCUUGUUCUGACGGGUGCCAUUCAGGUGGCAGAUCGAGUGUCCUCUGGAAAGAGCUCCGUCUUGGUGCACUGCAGCGAUGGCUGGGACCGCACGGCACAGCUGACCUCGCUAGCCAUGCUGAUGCUGGACAGCUACUACCGGACCAUCAUGGGCUUUGAGGUCUUGGUACAAAAGGAGUGGAUAAGCUUUGGACACAAAUUUGCUUCGAGAAUUGGCCACGGAGACAAAAAUCAUGCGGAUGCUGAUCGGUCGCCCAUCUUCCUCCAGUUCAUUGACUGUGUGUGGCAGAUGUCUAAGCAAUUUCCUACAGCUUUCGAAUUCAACGAACAGUUCUUGAUCACCAUUCUGGAUCACUUGUACAGCUGCCGCUUUGGUACUUUCUUAUUCAGCAGCGACUCUGUGAGAGAAAGGGAGAAACUGAGUGAGAAAACCUUGUCUCUGUGGUCCCUGAUCAACAGCUCGAAAUCGGCACAUAUCAACCCCUUUUAUACGAAAGAAUUGAACCGUGCUCUGUAUCCAGUCGCAAGUAUGCGCCACUUGGAACUCUGGGUCAAUUAUUAUAUUCGGUGGAACCCGAGGAUUAGGCAACAACAGCCGAAUCCAGUGGAGCAACGUUACAUGGAGCUCCUAGCAUUGCGUGAUGACUACAUGAAGCGGCUAGAAGAACUUCAAAUCACAAACAAUCCCAAACUUUCCAAUUCCUCCUCUUCCUCGUCCUCUUCCUCACAGCUGAUGUCCCAUGUGCAGACUCACUUUUGAAGGGAAGUGAUUCGCUGCUUCUCCCUGAACAGUUGCCAUCCUAAACGGUGCUUAUUCCGAUGUAUUGGACAAGAGGAAAACAUCGAUGCCUUACGUAGAUCUUCUCUCUAAAAAAUGGUGUCUAGGAGAUGAUUUGAACGCGCAAGUGAGCUUUUGAAACUGAUGUAUGUGCCUUUCAGAACCUAUGGCCUGGGGACAUGUUAUCCAACUAGCAGUUAAUAUAUAUAUAUAUUUUUAAGUGUGUAUUUUUUCCUCCUGCAGCAUCCAAAUAUAUUUAGCUAAAUGCCUUUAUUAAUAAGCAUCACCUUUUUAGAGCAGUAUGAAUUCCAUGCCAUUCACAGGUUCUCUCCUGCAGAGACCUAAAGUGCAUGUUUGACGCCAAGGAUUGAGCAGAGUGCCAUCAACUACAGCAGGGCUUUGUAGAAAGCAGGUGUGCCUGGGCAAUCGCCUUUGGCGAAGAGAGGUAGAGUUUUGUGUUGCCAGAAGACACACGCUCCUGAGGAGCACUUCCGGUGUGAAUCACAAUUUAUAUAGUUGAUUACACAUACAAUUAUUGCAAUGGGUAGCAAUAAGCUAUCGCAGCUGAAAUUCCUUUUAAAAUUUGUGCCUAUUCAGAGCAGCAAAGCCUUAUUUCCAAAGUAGAUUAGUAUUGGAUUCUUGAGAUAAGACAUAAUGCGUGUGUGUGUGUAGCCCUGUUCCCUUACUUUUUAUCAAGUAUAUUUAAAAAAACCGAUUUAUAGAAAGUAGUGUGUGCACUGAAGAAAAUAAAUAUUGCAGAUCUUUGGUUUGCUGUCUUCAUGCUGGCUGUCAAUUUAAAUUUAUUUUUUUUAGCAUUUGUCCUUUCAGGAAUCUUUUUAAAAUUAAUCUUACGAAGCACUUAUGAAGUCAGCACAAACCUUGCAACUUGAUAUUUUAAUUCAUUGUUUUGUUUAGGAGUUAAAGUUUUAAAUGGCAUUUGGUCAUCUUGAAGAACAUCUUGAAGCAUAGGAUUUGUGAAGGACUGUUCAUAGCUAAUGUGAUUUAUUUUAAAAGUAUUUGACUCUUUGAGAGUGUUUGCCUACCGUUUGUAAAUUAUUGUAUAUGUAAGUUUUGCUCUACGAGAGAUAAGGUGGCAAGGAUAUUAUAGGAUAAUGUAUAAAUUAAGUUGAAGCGUAUGAAAUAUAGUAUUUUUUGUAAAGUGUAAAUAUUUUGGUUUUGGAAGCUUAAAAUCAAACGUCCAUAAAAUACUAUAAAUUUCAUAGUUUUAGAGGACAUUGGAGUAUUUUAGAAAUAGUAUUUUUUCAUUACAAGAAAAAUUGAGCACAUUAAUACAGUAAAUAGUAUACUAAGAAAUUUGCACUAUUUCUUCAGGGAUAGACUGAAGUACUAGUAAUAAAAUUCAGCUAGCUAACGCAUGAUUUAUUUCCACUUGAUAUCUGUCCUCUAAAUUUCACACUCUCAUUUCCUUUCUGUAUCUCAAUGCACAUAUAGACGGUUUGUUGUCCUAAAAGGAAACACAUCUGAAAAAUUAAAUGCCAAACUUGAAUGAUAAGGAAACUCGCAUUGAUACUAUCGGCCUAUUUUAAAUGACAGUAUAUAUCUCUUCAACUGAAAAACUAUGCAGACUCUAAUAUAAUUGCCUUUUCUUUAUUUGCAAUUUAUUAAACAUCUCAUUGCAAUCCUAAAAUGUUCUGUAGGUUGUAUAUCCACAUGAAGUGUGUGUUUCUGUCUAAUGUGGAUAAAUUGAUAUUUUGCCUGAUUUUACCAAGUAAAACACUACAUGCUCAACUGGGGUUUUUUUUUGUGGGGGAGGGGGGCAGGGAGGUGGGAAUGUAAAACAGAUUUAAAUGCAUUUGCCUUCUCAUUACCUGUAUACCGUUGAUUUGUGUUACCACCACCACCACCACCACCACAGGUGAUGCUGCGUUGUGGUUUUGUAGAGAAUUAAUUUGUUUGGAAAAGUGUAACUUGAUGAAAGUUCACUUGAUUUUUUAAAAAAUACCUAAGUAAGUCAUAUUAAAUAAAAAUGAAUGGAUACUUCUGAA